AUGAUACAUGACGAACGAACCGGACUCGAAGGAGAUUGCCUCGGAAACAGCGUCAACAAGAAUGUUCCAGUCAAGCCAAUCGACAACUGGUCAAGAGGAAUCGGCCGUCGUCUUCUGGUUGAACUGACCUUCCAAUCUCUUCACCAAACUUGUGUCGUGACUGGUUUUAGACUUGCGUUGAAGACGAUGAUGAGACGAGUUUAG